UCUCCAUUCCCCGAGUCCCUUCACCGCCUCUCGCAUCAUUGUUCUCUCGCUCUCUCAGGCCAUUUCCACUGCUUCUUCUACCUCCCUCUCGAUCUCUUUGCGUCGAUGCGGGGACCCUAACCCUAGAAGACGAAGACGAAGACGAAGACGAAGUGGACGAAGAAGAAGAAGAAGAAAGACUGGGUCGUGAUGCCGGAGACGAGGGAGUUGAUGGCGCGACGAGGAGGAGCGGCCGCGGUGGGGGAGCUCUCCGGCGGGUUCUUUAUCCGGCGGGUGACGUCGCCCGGAGCUGUGGCGGCGGCGGCGGCCGCAGCGGCGGCGAGGAAGCGGCGUUUGCGGCGCGACUCGGCGACGGAUAACAAGGAGAACGUGGCGCCGUGGGGCCCCGUGGGGCGGCACCCGUCCCGGACGAGGAGGAGCCCCCUCCCCGAGUGGUACCCGAGGACGCCGCUUCGCGAUAUUACGGCCAUCGUCAGGGCGAUCGAGAGGCAGCGCAGGAGCCGCAGAAGGGCCACUGCAGCUCAGCAGAGGACCCGUGAGGGCACUGAAGCUGCUUCUCCUCCACGAGACAUGACCUCUUCACCACAGGAACCAAGUGAUUCUAAUGAGGACACAGCACUGAUUCAUACCGUCGCCCCUUCCGAUGUUUCUAAUACUACCUCUUUAGCUUCUCCAACUGAGGGCCUUAACAGCUCUCCCUCUCCCACUGCCCUUUCCCUCCCUACCAGUGAACCCUCUCCUCAGACCCAAUCCGCUUCAAAUGACCUGAGCCCAGCAGUCAAUGAGAAACUAUCGAGCUUGAUUGACGAGAUGCAGAGGCUUGUAAUGGAGAAUCUGAGGCGCGCCCCGCAGGCCGCACAGCCUUGCAAGAAGAAGAGUACUACUGCUACACAGAGAUCGAGUGUUCUGAUGUCGAUGCGAUAAGUGAAACAUUUCGUUUCGCUGAAUGGGAUGCCUGAUUUCUGCUGAUGAGCUUCGGCUUCUUCUCUUUCCAACAACAUUCUUGUGCUAAGAAGUCCAUCUGAUCCUACACUUUCUUCUUGUUUUUCUUUUAUGCCGAUUCCUAACAACCCAAGUGACGUCCAAUUGUUCUGGGCCACUGCUUCCUUUUAUUCCUGAGUUUCUCUGCUGAGGCAUAGGGCAUAUAGGGGGUUCAUUGUUUUGCUUCUCCUUUUGUCAUCUUUGUACAUUUCUAGGGCAAUUCCUUGGUUCUAAUGCUGCUGUAAUAAGGAUUUAGGUGUACUGUGCCUAAGAUUUUGCUACUCCAGGAUGACCCACCUUCGUAUAUACUUUUGUAUCCCGUUUGCUCUGGCAUUUAAGCAGUAAUAUACCUAGUAAAUCUCUCUCAA